GUAGCAUGUCACCAAACUCGUUUCCCUGUUAAAGUUGACGACAAUGUCUCGAUUCUGAAAGUCCGUCUUACAUACAUCGAAUGCAUUUGUAAUUUGGCUGUUACCAUUUCUUUUAAGAGUUUGGUCUUAAAACUUUUUUCCGGAGGGUGGAAGGAAUCAACAAGUAGUUGGAAACUUUGAAAAACCCAAACCAUCCUCACAGGAUGGACAACUCCACAACGAUGAAAGUCAUGAUCCUUGUAUUACUUGUUUUGAAUCUUCUGGAUAAUGGAGCUGCGGAGCAAAUUAUUUCAGAAGAACUGCAGAACCGAACAGCCAGACAAAUAAACUGCAUCGAGGACCAGGAGUACCCUCACAACAGCUUUUGCUGCAGGAACUGUGAUGCUGGCACCUAUGUGAGUGAGAAGUGUAGCAGGAACCAGGAGAAGGGCACAUGCACCACAUGUAAAACGGGCACGUAUGCCGAGCACCCCACAGGCAUGGAACAGUGUCUGCAGUGCAGCCAGUGCCACAGAGACCAGAUCUUGGUUGCAGAAUGCACCAGCACAAACAACACCAAGUGUGAAUGCAAACCUGGUUUCUUCUGCCUGCCGGACGAGCCAUGUGAAGUGUGCAAGAAAUGUGCUCGGUGCAAAGUUGAUGAGGAAGAAGUGAGCGGUUGCACACCAACAUCUAAUACAAAGUGCAGGAAACGCACUCUAUAUCCAGCAGAAGCUCCGACGGAGAAGUCAUCACCAUCAAAUGGCAGGGAAGCUAUAGUUGUUCUACCCAUCUUAAUUCUGAUUGCUGUGAUUGGAUUUGGAAUAUAUUUCUGGAAGAAGCGUCAACAUAGACAAAGUGAAACUGAUGGAAAUUUGAAUGAGGUUAAGGUGCCAAUCGAUGUAGCAUGCCCAAGAUCAGAGGAGGAAAGGGAGAACAACCGCAAUGCUGGAUUAGAGAGGGCGGAGGAGCAACGGCCAGAAUCCCGCCCUUUGUUGACACAGGAGACGCAGGAAACGGGCAACAAGAGCAUACCGGUGGAGGAUGAGGACCGCGGACUGGGCGACAGCUUGCCAAACACAACCAGCUCUUCCCAAACCAGCCUGUCUGCCCUCCCUCCUGCAGUCUGCAUCGGGGACUCACCACGGUCAAGCCCUCAGGCACUGAGACAGACAGAGAGAGAUGCAGAGCCAUGGGCACGGGAUGAUGGCCCUCCCAGGAAACUUCUUCCUCUACUCGGUGAGGAGGACUCGCUGAGCAAGAGCUUUGAUCUGUUCGAUACCCUUGACGUGCGGAUCCACAACAAGUUCUUCCGUAGCAUCGGUGUGAGCGACAAUGCCAUUAAGAUGGCUGAGGCACCUCACCAUGGGGACAAAGUCUACGAGCUCCUACGGGUGUGGAUGCAGAAAGAGGGGCUUCGAGCAAACAUCAACACCUUACUUCAAGCUCUGCUGGAUCUGGACCAGCGGUAUUCAGCAGAACAUAUUGCAUCUAAGGCUGUGGAAAGAGGCUUCUACAAAUAUGAGUGAUGACUCUUAAAGACCUUAAAAGAAACUCAGACUCUGUUACUGAGUAAAAGAGCAAAAUAAUGGAGAAGUUGUUGGUAAGGCUCAAGGGGAGGGUGAGAAGAUUCAUUAUUUCCUCCCUGUUGGUCUUUCGGCAUGAACUCAUGUCCCAUUAUGGAACUGGUGGUGAUGCCAUUGGAGAAUUGCAUCUCUGUAGUGCCCGCAAUUGGUUUAGAUGCCAACACUGGACCCAUUUGAGGUUUUACACUGGCUUACAGAAGAGGGUGCUGUUUUCCUUCUUGUGCAUACUAGUGUCACUUGAUGCACUUGCCUCAGGCUUUCAAACUGUAGGUUGGUCUGAAGCCUGCAUUGGUGUCGUUAAACUUUUGGUAUUGCCAAACGUUCAAACUUAUAAAAGACAUGGAACUAUCUGUACUUAUGUUUAUUUAACUACAUACUGAGUGGCACAAUGCACAUUUGUAGUUUAAACUAAAGUUUUUGACAAGGUCUAGUUUUAAACUACAUGUAGAUUGUCUAGUCGUAUUUGAGUUGCUGUUGUUCUAUGCUACUCAAGGUUACAAACAAACAAAAAAGUCUCAAGGUGAGCUCUGAACUUUGUUUUUAACGAAUCUUCAGUAGGUUAAUUGGAUUGUGGAUUUCAGACAUAACAGUACUGUAAUCUGCCAUUCAAAGUUUUGAAUUGUUUUCCAGCUCUUGGUAUAUUCUCUUGUAUGUCAGGAGUUUAGGGUUUCGUAUAAAGUUCAGAAAAGUCAUUUCAUUUAACGUGGUUGUUACAGAUUAUCCUUUAUACUGGGCUGCCCCAAGUUAUGCCAGUCUGAUUUUUCACCCGUAUGUGCAAGGCUGAGAUGGCAUUGUAUAACUUCACAGUCUUCUCUUGCCUCUUCUAUUUCCUUAUUUAUAUUUAAGUAAGUGAUGUAUUUAUUUUAUUAUGUACUGGUAAUUACGUAUUAUUUAUACCUGUUACUAAUAUCCACCCAAGUGUUUCCUGAAGCAUUAAUUGUUCACCAAAUGAAUUCACCAAGCAAAUUCUUCCAGCCUUUUUACAAGCAAAUAAACUGGAUCAGUUCAGAUUCAGUGCCAUCUUCUCAGAGUUCUUCUUUAGCUAAGACAUUUCUAUGUUUACCCGGAUUGUGUCGCUUACUAUAGUCACACUAUGGUCGUCGUUUCUUAUUAAAAUCGCAAAAGUGUGUCCAUCACUGCGUAUGUAUGUUCGCAGCUAAUGGUGUCAUUGUUAAUAAACUGAAAAUAUAAAGAAAAAGCUUGAAAGAGUGCCACGGUCAGUAUCUCUUGGGUGCUUGUAACUUCUGCAGGUCCACAUUGAAUUAAUGUCGAGGAUAAGGGGGCAUUUCGAACUUCUGCUUCGCUGUUCAUGUUUUAAAUGCAGUAGUGCACAGGUACGUGAUUUUUAAUUGUUUAAAAGAUGAAGGAAAUGCAUGCUCAUCCGAAAACUACUUAUCGUUGGGUUGUAAAUAUUUAUGUCAAGAAUUCUAUUAAACAAAACUAAUAGAUAUAUAUUUAUAGAAGCCCUAAGAGCACAAAUUAAUGAAGUAUAGAGACUGCCUAAAAUAAUGAAGAACAAAACACUUUAUUAAACGUUAUUGAAGUAAAAAGGGCCCCAGAUUUAAUUUAUGUAGCAGUAAAUUAACUGCAACAUCUGACUCAGCUGCAUAGCUUUGUAGCUUAAUACAUGUAUGAAAUAUGACCAUAUAUAUAUAUAUAUAUAUAUAUAUAUAUAUAUAUAUAUAUAUAUAUAUAUAUAUAUAUAUAUAUAUAUAUAUUAGUGAUUAGGAACACAUUUCUCUUAUACACAUUUCGCUUCACCUUUUAACUUGAAUGGCUUUAUGAGAUAACAUGGAAAGCUGAAUGGGUUCGGGACAAAAUGGUUCCCCCUCCCUCAGAGCUUCCCCAUUUAAUUAUGACAUUGUAGAGCUGUCGGAGAGUGCAGGCACUGCCACCUAUUGAUAUAGAAUUGAAAAGCAAGAGAAGAAACCAUCAAUUUCAAGGGACCUUUUUCUAUUCUGGAAAUUACGUUCUGUCUCUCUUCACCUUUUUCAACACAUUGCACUAAAUUUAAUGUAAAUGAAAAGUGCGAGACUCACUUUUUUUUUUUUUUUUACCUCUGGAAUAGUUCAGUGGCAUCCGGUUCUUUGUUUCAAAAAAUAUUUUUGCUUCAUGUUUUGACUCCGCAUCGUUCCUGCUUUUAUGCUUCUAACGCAUCAACACAUCUCAGUGCUUGUUCAUUCUGCGCUUUAUUUUCCACAGUAUCUCUCUAUGAGUAGGCUUUUUGUGUAUUUUUCCCCCUUUGACAAUUGUUUGCCUGUUUAUGAAUGCAAAACGUGUGCUAUUGUAAAAUUAUUUGUAGAAUGUUUUUGUUUUAAAAUAAAGAUUAUUUACAA